AUGCCCUUGCCCAAUCAAGUGUUUUAUCAACGCGGAGGGCGCUGCAAGGUGCUGGAAGAAGACGAAGCAGUGCAGUGCAGCGCGGAGCAACUUGCAGGGUGGCAAGGGAAGAAAGAGCAAGAAAGGAGCAAAAGGUAUCAAGAAACCCUGUUGCAGCAGUCAAACCUCCAGAAGGCCAAGACUCAGGUGGACAAGUUCCUGCAAAACCAUCACAUUCGCAGCGACAGCUUCGAUGUCAAUGUGGCAAAGAAGUCGUGUUGGGGGCUGUGCCGAACUUAUCCGCUUCAUCUGGCCGCAAAAGAGAGAGACUGGCACAUGGUUCGCUUGCUCCUCUUCUUCGGAGCAGACCCGUCGCUGCAGGACAGCCGUGGAAUGACGCCCUAUGACUACAUGGGACCAUAUAUGCGAGCAGAAUAUGAUUAA